UUCAAAACUAGAAAGUACCGCUGCUUUCAGUGUUAUUUUCGCACCUUCUCCACUAAAGAUCUAUACAUAAUGGCUGCCGCCUCUUCAACCACUACGGCAGCUACAUCUAACGAACAAACGGAAGAAGAUGCUUCGGAAUUACAGUUUCCCAAAGAAUUUGAGUCUGCUGAGACUUUGUUAAUAUCAGAAGUACAUAUGCUUUUAGAGCACAGGAAGCAACAGAAUGAAAGUGCUGAAGAAGAACAAGAAUUAUCUGAAGUGUUCAUGAAGACUCAUCAGUAUACACAACGUUUUAGCAAAUUUAAAAACCGAGAAACAAUCUCUGCUGUGAGAAGUCUUCUACUGCAGAAAAAUUUACACAAAUUUGAACUGGCAGCAUUAGCCAAUCUCUGCCCAGACAGUGCUGAAGAAGCAAAAUCCUUGAUACCAAGUUUGGAAGGAAGAUUUGAAGAAGAGGAAUUGCAACAGACUUUAGAUGAUAUUCAAACCAAGAGAAGUUUCCAGUAUUGAAGAAUAACCAUUGUAAUUACCACAAUUUCAUUAUAAACCAUUCCUUAUCAUUUAAAAUUCUUUUUUUUUUAUUUUUUUAAAAUUUCACAUUCUGAACUGAAUAAAUGCUUGAAUUCCUG